AUGAAAUAUUUUUCUAAAAAUUUAUUGUAUUUAAUAUUUUUAUGUUUGUUAUUGGUUAAUAAAAUAACAUCUUUGGAAACUAAAAAUACUUUAUUAAAUGAUUUCAAGAAAAUUAGUUAUUAUACAGUUAAUUUAAAAACAGUUUGUGUAUGUAAUAACUUUUUAUUUUAUAAUGAAAGUAAUGCAAAAGAAUAUCAACAAUGUUUAUUAAAAAAAACAAUUGAAACAAAAGAUUCUUGUCAACCAAAUGAAAGAAGUAAAGGAAAAAAAAUAGAUGAUUUUAAAUAUAAAUAUUUAAUUGGAGAAUAUGAUGGUAAAUAUCUUACAGAGAUAAAUCCAUUUAGCGAGAAAUAUAGAAAACAUGUAUGGGGAGAUUGUAGUCCCAAUUGUUUUAAAAAACUCAACAAAUCGGAUUUAGAAUAUAGAAUUUUAAAAGAACUAAAUAGUUAUAGAAAAUUACAUGGUGCUGAUAAACUUUCUCUUGAUAAAAAAUAUAGUAAAUUGGCUAAAAAGAUAUCAUAUGAGUAUUUUGAGAAAAACAAUUACGACAUUUGUCAUAACACUACUGCAUAUGGUUGUAUUCAGUUAUUUUCAGAAACUGAUCAGGCUCAUCUUGGAGUUACAAAAUUAUAUAAUAACUUACUUUGGUAUUAUAACUGGAAAGAAAAUUCUUUUAAACAUUUUUUAUUACAUCCAAUUCAAUUGAUUUGGAAAAAAGCACGUAAUAUUGGUAUUCAUAUUUCAGAAUUAAAUUCUGUUACCUGUAUCUUCUUAACUUUUUCAUCCAAAGUAAAAAAUGAUAAAAAUUAUAAAAAAAAUGUUUCACCAGUUUUGAAAAAAUAUAUUUUGGAGUAUGGAAGUUUUAAAGAAUGA